AACGUUUUGGGGUUCCAAUGAACGCCGGUUAGCCGCCGGAGAAUAUUUUCCGGCGAGAAUCGGGUCCCACACGAGACAAGAUCUUUUUUUUUUCUUUUUCAGGUCCUUUUUUUUUAUAAAAGAAAUUCGGAGAGGGAUUGCAUUUUUGCUCCCAAGUGGAAGAAGAGGAUAUUUCAGAAUGUGCUUGCUGAAGCAUCAGUACAAGUAAAAUCUCCAUUCUUCGGUUUCAGACAAGGUGCUUGAAGCCAUGGUGAACUUCACUAAGCAGUUUCAAGACCAGCUCGUGCCGGAGUGGAAAGAUGCCUUUGUGGAUUACUCUCAGCUGAAAAAGGACAUCAAGAGGAUCCAUCUGUUCAACGCCCGUAAUGCCGUCAAUGAGAAAACCGGGAAGGCUACCGAGACUUCUCUGGUGAAAACCGUCAGAUCUUCUGUGGAAAAGCUUGCCCUUUUCGGGAAAAAACGCGGAGAAAGCCACGGGGCCAUCGAAGUUCACAGGAAGAUUGCUUCUUCUGCAAGUAAGGGCUUCGUGUACGAGACAGAACUUCUGGAGAACUUUUCCGACAGCACAGAUGCUGCGGCGAAGGAGUUCUUCGCGCGUUUGGAUGGACAACUGAACAAAGUGAAUCAGUUCUACAAGACGAAAGAGAAAGAGUUCUUGGAGAGAGGAGAGUGUCUGAAGAUUCAGUUGGAAGUGCUCAUGACAGUGAAAGAUGUUCUGAAACAGCAGAAAGCCAAAGCAGAGUCUUCUCAAGAAUCCAAAGAAGAUGAAUCCAUAUCAUGCACCAUCUCUUGCGAGGAGGACUCUGUAAGGAGCAGAACAGAACAAGAGCAACUCCAGGAAACAGUCUCGGAGGACUUGGAGAUCAGUGGGUCGCAAGAACUGGAGUCCCCACGAUUAGACGAGACGGGAAAACAGUUAAGAUCGAAAAACGAUGAUGAACAACCAAGGAGGAUGUCUGGUCGGGGAUUCAGCUGCCAGGGCAAGAACUUCAAGAUAAAGAUUCCAAUGACGAACCCUUCUCUCGCCUUCUCGGCCAUCAGUUACUUGGUAAGGGAAGAUCUGGUUAACCAAUCGUGGAAGAAAUGCGGUAUAGACGGAAAUAAGCUGCAUGUCAACAAGAAGAACUUGCAUCAGGCAGAGAAGAUGAUAAAAAGAGCCCUGAUGGAACUUCACAAAGGGCUAAACUAUCUCAAAACCUACCGAAACUUGAACAUGCUAGCCUUCAUGAAGAUCCUGAAAAAGUUCGAUAAGAUAACGGGGAAACAAAUUCUUUCGAUUUAUCUCAGAGUGGUGGAGAGUUCAUACUUCAACUGUUCAGACAAGGUGAUAAACCUAUCAGAAGAAGUUGAAGAAUUGUUCAUCAAGCACUUUGCAAAUGGAGAUCACAGAAAGAAGGUGAUGACAUAUCUGAAACCGCACCAGCGUAAAGAAUCCCACGGCGUUACAUUCUUCAUCGGUCUUUUCACCGGAUGCUUCACUGCCCUUCUUGCUGGGUACAUAGUCACAGCUCAUCUGGCUGGGAUGUACAGACAAAACUCUGACAGUACAUUCUACAUGGAAACUGCAUAUCCUGUACUUAGUAUGUUCGGUCUCUUGUUUCUGCACCUAUUUCUAUAUGGAUGCAACAUCUUCAUGUGGAGAAAAGCCCGGAUUAAUUACAGUUUCAUAUUCGAACUUUGUCCCGGGAAAGAUCUCAAGUACAGAGACGUUUUCUUGAUCUGUUCUGUCUCGAUGACCGCUGUUCUCGGUGUUAUGUUUGUUCAUCUGUCGCUUCUGACAAAAGGGUACUCCUUCAGACAAGUUCAAGUUAUCCCAGGCCUUCUGUUACUGGUCUUCUCGAUACUCCUAGUCUGCCCUUUAAACGUUUUCUACAAACCAAGCCGGUAUCGGUUUAUUUCUGUCAUCAGAAACAUCGUUCUGUCACCUCUGUACAAGGUUGUGAUGCUCGAUUUCUUCAUGGCUGAUCAACUCUGCAGCCAGGUACCGAUGCUAAGAAACCUGGAAUACAUCGCCUGCUACUACAUAACCGGUAGCUACAAAACGCAGGACUAUGGUUACUGCAUGAGAACCAAAUACUACAAAGAUCUUGCAUAUGCAGUUUCCUUCCUCCCAUAUUACUGGAGAGCGAUGCAGUGUGCCAGGAGGUGGUUUGACGAAGGGGAGAAGAGCCAUCUGGUAAACCUGGGGAAAUACGUGUCGGCCAUGUUAGCCGCGGGGGCAAAAGUGGCUUACGAGAAGGAGAGAAAUGCCGGUUGGCUCUGUCUAGUGGUGGUUGUGUCAAGUGCCGCAACAGUGUACCAGUUGUAUUGGGACUUUGUAAAAGACUGGGGUUUGCUCCAGGUUAACAGCAAGAACCCCUGGCUAAGGAACGAGCUCAUGAUCCGUCGAAAGUUCAUUUACUACUUCUCUAUGGUUCUGAACCUGGUCCUGAGACUGGCGUGGCUACAGACGGUUCUUCACUCCAACUUUGAGCAUGUGGAUCACAGAGUGACAGGGCUGUUCUUGGCUGCUCUUGAGGUUAUCAGGAGAGGAUUAUGGAACUUCUACAGGUUGGAGAAUGAGCAUCUAAAUAAUGCAGGGAAGUUCAGAGCUGUGAAGACAGUGCCCCUUCCUUUCAGAGAAGUUGAUGAAGAAGACUGAUCGAAAUCAUUGUUAGCUUAUCAGAAUCCGACAGCAAACGAUAACAACAGCGGCAACAAAAGGGGGGGAAAACAAGAUUGGUUUAUUCUUGAUCGACCAUAUUUUCUGAUCAAGAAUCUUAGAUUAUUGCUGGUCUUGUCUGAAGAAAUUGAUGUAACAACAAUUCUACCCUCUCUCUCUGUGUUCUUCCCCGAUUAUUGGAUAAAACAGAUAAAUAAAAGGGAUGAUCCCAAUCCAAGCACUCCCACCACAAAGAUAUCAACCAAUCAGCGCAUACAAAUACCAAAGUUUGAAACUUUCGUGGCAAAGUUGAGAGAUUUUGUUCACCGCGAAAAAAAGAGGGGAGAUUUGGACUAGUGUGACGUGGCUCGAUCAGAGACGCUGAGAGAUUUCAUAGAUGAAAUCAACGGUUGACAUUCUUCUGCUCCACCGUUUGUUUGAUUUAGCCGAGGGUUAAGCUCCAUUUGUGACAGUGACGCCAAAAAUGGCGGCGACGGCGACGGCGGACGUUGGUUUCAUUCUUCUCCGGCGAAGCACUGUAAUAAACCGGUUGAUUUCCGGUACUCUGCUCAGUUGUACGAACCGCUUUUUCACGCUCCGAGCCUGAGAACUGCUCUCGUGUGUCAGCAACAACAAUCAUGCAAAAGGAAUUGAGCUGUUGCUGAUUCCGGGUCAAGUUGCUGUUUAAAUUUCACGCUUUCUGGUGAGAUUUGUCGGAAACCUGUGGAUUAUGUCUAUUGUUGUUGGUCUUCGAUGGCAAAUUGCUUACACUGACAUCAAACUACCAAGAAGAAGCUUUGCUUGCCCAAUUUUUACCUGUGAUCCAUGUGGACUUGUCUUUGUCCAGGUAUUCAAUCCAUUGAUCAAGCUUAUAUUAUCCCACAUUCUUGCUUGACAGUGGAAAGAGAUGCUAAAUCUUCAUCCUUUUCGGGCAAAUUGCCAUUGCUUGGGAAUGAAUGGUUGUGUUUUGAUU